AUGGUCCCGCCCCAACCGCCUGCAACCCCCGCCUCCCCAUUUCCAAGACUGCUCAUCAGCCUAGCAUCUGCAGCUUCACGCCAUGUUCCCUUUCUGCGUGUCCAUGAUCCCUACAGAGCAGAACCCUCCACCCUCGGUGGCAGCGGCGUACACGCGCUCGUGCGCCGCGACAUCCACGACGCGGACCACCGUGUUCAGUUCGUUCUCUUCUCGUGCCUCAUCCCGAUCCUCGUCCUCCUGUCGGGUCUGUUUGCCGGUCUGACCCUAGGCUACAUGAGUCUGGACGAGACGCAGCUGAAUGUGCUCAGUGUCAGUGGCACUCCGAAACAGAAGCUGUACGCCAACAAGAUCAAACCCAUCCGCAAGAACGGGCACCUCCUCCUUGUCACGCUGCUUUUGGCAAACAUGAUCGUGAACGAGACGCUGCCCGUUAUCGCGGACCCCGUCCUCGGCGGCGGCGUGCAGAGCGUCGUCGUCAGCACCGUCCUCAUCGUCAUAGACGACGUCCCAGGUUACCGCUGGGGCGUAAGCUUCUCGGAGAUCAUCCCGCAGUCCCUGUGCACGCGGUACGGACUGUAUUUUGGGGCGAAGAUGGCUGGAUUCGUGCAGGUGCUCAUCUGGACCUUGGGAAUUGCCGCCUGGCCCGUCGCGAAACUCUUGGAGUUCGUAUUGGGGCCGCAUCACGGCAUCAUAUACCGGCGAGCGGAGCUCAAGGAGCUCAUCGCUAUGCACUCUAACGGUGGCGAGCUUGGAGGCGACUUGAAGAUGGACACCGUGACCAUCAUCGGCGGCGCUCUUGACUUGCAGGAGAAGGUUGUGAGGCAGGCGAUGACCCCGAUCAAGGACGUGUUCAUGUUGAGUAUUGAUGCGAAGCUAGACUACGAGACAUUGCGCAGGAUCUGCCGCACGGGCCACUCCCGCAUUCCGGUGUACGAGGAGGUCGAGAUCCCCGUGCCUAGGCUCGUAGCCCAGGGCCACAUCUCUGAGGCUGACCUCGCGGACGCCACUGGCUCCUCGCGCCUCAGCCUGGACGGGAGACAGACUCAAACGCAGAAAGUCAAGAAGAUCGUCGGCAUCCUGCUUGUCAAGCAGUGCGUGCUCCUCGACCCGAACGAUGCGACGCCGGUGCGUAAGAUCCCGCUGAACAAGGUGCCGUUCGUGCCGAACAACGAGCCGCUGCUGGGCAUUUUGGACAAGUUCCAGGAGGGCCGGUCGCACAUGGCGAUCGUGUCGCGGUUCAGCGUUGAGCGCGCGACGAGCGUGAAGAAGGCCGUCAAGCGUGGCCUGACGCAGCGUCUACGGAGCACCGUCGGGAUCGGCGACAGCGACUCGGGCUCCAGCUCGGAUGAGGACGAGGCCCAGAGCGCCUCGCACAAGAAGCGGCCGCGGAAGCCCAAGCGGCACAGUAGCAACGAUGAGACGCUGCACGACGAGUCUUCCGCCGAUGCUGAGCCAGAGGGGGAUGAGGCACAUGUCCGGAAAGGGAGCCACAGGCGUGGGAGGUCGAGACGCCCCGCUGACAUCGAGAUGGGCGUUGUUGACAAAGGGGUACCAGAAUCGAAGAAGCACGGGCUCACCUUGCCCAAGGUCGGCGGCUGGCGGGGCUGGGAACAGAGCAUGCCCGCAGACGCUGUUCUCACGAAGGAGGGCGUCGACGAGUUCCUGCAGAGCGUCGAUCCCGCCGUCAUGCCGCUGGGCAUCAUAACGCUGGAAGACGUGCUCGAAGAGCUCAUCGGCGAGGAGAUCUACGACGAAUUUGAUCCGCAGGGACACCCUGAUCUGUCGUCAUACGCCCAGGCGGAGGCCAACGCCGCGCCCUCGCUCAAGCGGACGGGUUCUGCGCCCCAGCUCGCGGCCUCCGACUCCAGCGCCGCGACCGCUGUCGUCCCAGGCGUUUCCGAUGGCACCCUUCACGUCCCCGUGUCGACCUCGGGUUUCAUCGCCAAGCCCAAGGCGCUUCCCGCUUUGCGUAGCUUGAAUUUCAAGGUGCCAGGCUUCCAGCGGUCUCGGAGCGCCCCUCCUACUCCUCGUGAUGCGGAUGUACCCGAGAAGGAGAAGGACGGGGCAAGGGAGAAGACUGGAGUGCCCGACGGGACGCCGCUUCCUCCUUCCGUACCCGAGGGCGUCGUGGCGCCCCAGGCGGUCACGAUCUCGGUGUCAGGGGACUCUGCGGCUAUGUGCACCUGCGACAUGACCGGGACUGCUGAGAAGCCCGUGACGAUCCCGGCUGACGAACCCAACGCUUCGCGCUAUGCGCCGCCGCUCGCUCCUGUUCCUGUCGCAGCCACAAAAGCCGCCGCAGGCGCGUCGGCCGUCGUGUCAUCUGCGGAGGGCGUCUUGGGUGCUGCGAACAUGGGUCGCGCGAGGUCUGUGCAGGGCAUCACGCCUGGCCCAUCUAUCGCCGUCAUACCAGCCCCCGGAUUGAAUCUCGCGUUCGGGCCGCCCUCACGCAGCGCGUCGCCCGCACCGUCCCUGGAGCAGGCCAUCCUCAUCGAGCGCAAGCGCCGUGCGGCGUCGUCAUCGGGCAACCAGGCCGGGACGAAGGGUGGGUGGUUCAAGAGCAGCCCGCUGAACGGCGGAGAUGCUAGGCAGGGGAUCAUCGUUGCGGAGCGCGUGAAGCGCGAUCUGCAGCCGCAUUUCGUGGCACCCACGUCGGAGGCUGCGGAUGCUUCUGCCUUCGAGGACGUUCGUAAACCUAACGAGAAGGACACAGUUGGUCCGGACAAGGAGGCUUGAUUGUAAGCCGGUCGGAUCCAAGUGAUAGAGUGUGAGUGAGUUUCCUUGGCGUUCGAGUUCUAAGCUUUCGUACCUGCAUUCUUGUCUGCUCUCGCAUCUACAAAUCUGUACGAUACUUACCUGGAGUAGGAGAGAAACUGACAUGGAGGAACAUAGUACAGUCUCGUAAUAGCAGGAAAAGCCUGCUGGUGUAUUUAGUCGGAUGGAUCCGCGUAGUCUAGUCGUAUACCUGUAUACCGAGUGUGCAUAUCAUUGGCAUGUAUAGUAUCUCGUGUUCCAUUGCAGUAGCUCUUUCAC